AACAAAAGAUCAAAACAAAAGAUAUUUACUGGGUUGGACGGAGAACGCCCGUAUAUUUAUUACGGUUUUAUUAUCUCGUGAAUCUUGGAGAUUCAAAAAGAUUUGCGUUGAUGUGAAACUAAGUUGGUGUUAAAGAAUUAAAAUAAACAUUUAGUUCGAUACCAGAUAUCCACCUGUGCAAUGGAUUGUUUUCGUUCGGUUGUAAACUACGCAGUCAGCUGCUUUACCUGCCAGGAUGAUUCAACUUCCCAGGGCAAUGAACCGAACGAGCGGACACAUCUACUAGACAAUCCGGUAAGCAGCUAUCCAACAGUGCGGAGGUCCAACAGCGAAGAUCUUAGCCAGGAGUUUGCAAGCUCAGUGCCGAAAAAAGACGAUGUUUCGGCGUUGAACAAGAUCAUCCAAGAUACGGCAGCAAAUGUAAUUGACGUGGCUGCAAUGGAUAUUCAUAACAUCGAACCUCAGGAGUACAACGAUCGAGUGAAGGUUUACUCGCAAAGAUUGGCGCAGCAGUGGAACACUGUACCACAUCCAAACAGUGUCAGCCAUGUCGGAUUACUCAAAGAUAUUCCGUACCCGGAAUCGAUGCUUACUGCCGUACCCAUAGAACCGGAAGAUCUAAGUAUGAUCCGCAGCAUGGUGCAAAAAGCGAAUGUAGCCGUGGCAGAAAUCAAAGUAAAACACACAGAGAACCUGGUGGUGCCUUUUAGGAUCCCAUAAAGGCAAGGCCGUUUGCCGCAGGGAAAUAACUGUGAAAAUGCUGUGUGGCGCGAUACCGGAAAUCAAUCUUGAUGUCGUUGAUGGGUAGAAGUUUACAUUUUGUUUGCAGUGUAUCGCGUUCCGUUACUCUUCCCAUGAUUUUUUUUCUCGUUCCGUUUAAGUGCUAUCGUUCUUUUAAAGUUUAUUUUUUACGAAUAUUGAAAGUUGAAGAUUUUUGUUUGUUUUUGAAUAUCUAAUCGCAUAUGUUUAAACAGUAGAUUCCAUUCGGAAUCUAGCAACAAAUAUAAGUCAUAUUGCUUUCAGAAAACUUUACAAUCAUGUCUUCAAAUGAGAAAAUUCAACAAUUUAGAACAUGUUGAUACCUACUAAGGGAAGUACAGAGUGUAAUAAAAUUUAUAUUCUCAA